AUGGAUCUCCAAACUUCGAAAGAGAGACGCAGAUCGUUUCGCAGUUUUCAAGAAGGAGUAAGAGAAAUAGUGUGUGAUGAGAAGAAACGGAGAGAAGAGAGAAACGAACAAGAGGCAGAAAGGGAAAAGGGAAAGAAAAUUGACUGA